AUGAAGUUGGAGCAGACUGCAGAAGGACAUAAAAUCGAAGCAAAACUUGGAAGUUAUAAGCCACUUCGGAGAUUCCCCGGCCAGAACCGGGCAGCGACUGCCCGCGAGGUACAGGGAGGUAUCGAUCGAUCCUUCAUUCGUGGAACCCCGGGCGCCGGAGCAGUACGGCAGCUCUCGCGAGAGAGCGGCGGACGUGAAACGGGGGAGGGUUGUCAUCUCUCUGAAGCGGGUGAUUUUUCAGGGCGAACUCCGAACGGAUCAGCAAGCAGCAUCAGCAAAAAUUGUGGGAGCUUUCAUAUACUACGUGCCUUCCAUUUGCAACUGAACAAGCCUCUAGCUUCUAGCAGUUUACAGUCACUGAAUUCACUAUUCCUUAAGCCAUCCAGCUUUUUGUUCCUAAGUCCCUUUACAGUUGGAGUUCCCCAUUACCACUUUCAUUGGAUGUUUGUUCAAGUUUCAAGCCUUCUUAAGCAUCUCUACUUCAUUCUGUCUUAUGAGAGGCUCUGGUGCAGCAGAGUCAGUUCUGCAGUAUUAGGCCACAGCCAGUUAAGUUCCUGUGAACGGUGGAAAGCCAUUGUGAAGAGUUUCUGCACUGCAAAGCAGAGAAUGAAAUAGUAUAAACUUUAAAAUGAAGAAAUGGAGGCACUGC